AUGGAGAAGACUGCAGAUAUCGGUGUGGAAAUGGAUGUGAAGGUGGAACCUGUCACCCAACUAAUGGCAGAUGUAACUGCUCAGUUGGAUGGUCUAGACCGAUGUGCACCAGACAUUGUAGAGAGGGUACAUACGGACAUGGCUGCAGAUACGCAUGUGGGCGUGGGUGUGAUGGUGGAAUGUGUCACGCAGCUAAUGGUAGAUGUAACUGUAAAGCAGGCUGGUCUGGACAUAGAUGUACCAGAGAGUGCCGGACGGGUACAUACGGGCGGGAUUGCAGAUAUCAGUGUAGAGAAGGAUGUGAAGGUGGUACAUGCCAUUCAGCUUCUGGUAAAUGUAGCUGCACAGAGGGAUGCCUGUCGCCUCGGUACGUAUGGAAAAAAUUGUCAACUGCGGUGCUCUCCUGGAUGUCCCAACCAAACCUGCGAUCGAGUCACUGGGUAUUGUGAUGAUUGCCUACAUGGAUGGGACCAUCGGGACUCGAACACAUCAAGGUGUGACAAAGCUUGCCUCCCCGGUACGUAUGGAAAGAAUUGUCAACUGAAGUGUUCUCCUGGGUGUGCCAACCAAACCUGCGAUCGAGUCACUGGGUAUUGUGAUGAUUGCCUACAUGGAUGGGACCAUCAGGACUCGAACACAUCAAGGUGUGACAAAGCUUGCCUCCCCGGUACGUAUGGAAAGAAUUGUCAACUGAAGUGCUCUCCUGGGUGUGCCAACCAAACCUGCGAUCGAGUCACUGGGAAUUGUGAUGAUUGCCUACAUGGAUGGGACCAUCAGGACCCGAACACAUCAAGGUGUGACAAAGCUUGCCUCCCCGGUACGUAUGGAAAGAACUGUCAACUGAAGUGUUCUCCUGGGUGUGCCAACCAAACCUGCGAUCGAGUCACUGGGUAUUGUGAUGAUUGCCUACAUGGAUGGGACCAUCAGGACUCGAACACAUCAAGGUGUGACAAAACAUGUGUCCCUGGUACGUAUGGAAAGAACUGUCAACUGAAGUGCUCUCCUGGGUGUGCCAACCAAACCUGCGAUCGAGUCACUGGGAAUUGUGAUGAUUGCCUACAUGGAUGGGACCAUCAGGACCCGAACACAUCAAGGUGUGACAAAGCUUGCCUCCCCGGUACGUAUGGAAAGAACUGUCAACUGAAGUGUUCUCCUGGGUGUGCCAACCAAACCUGCGAUCGAGUCACUGGGUAUUGUGAUGAUUGCCUACAUGGAUGGGACCAUCAGGACUCGAACACAUCAAGGUGUGACAAAACAUGUGUCCCUGGUACGUAUGGAAAGAACUGUCAACUGAAGUGCUCUCCUGGGUGUGCCAACCAAACCUGCGAUCGAGUCACUGGGAAUUGUGAUGAUUGCCUACAUGGAUGGGACCAUCAGGACCCGAACACAUCAAGGUGUGACAAAGCUUGCCUCCCCGGUACGUAUGGAAAGAAUUGUCAACUGAAGUGUUCUCCUGGGUGUGCCAACCAAACCUGCGAUCGAGUCACUGGGUAUUGUGAUGAUUGCCUACAUGGAUGGGACCAUCAGGACUCGAACACAUCAAGGUGUGACAAAACAUGUGUCCCUGGUACGUAUGGAAAGAAUUGUCAACUGAAGUGCUCUCCUGGGUGUGCCAACCAAACCUGCGAUCGAGUCACUGGGAAUUGUGAUGAUUGCCUACAUGGAUGGGACCAUCAGGACCCGAACACAUCAAGGUGUGACAAAGCUUGCCUCCCCGGUACGUAUGGAAAGAAUUGUCAACUGAAGUGCUCUCCUGGGUGUGCCAACCAAACCUGCGAUCGAGUCACUGGGAAUUGUGAUGAUUGCCUACAUGGAUGGGACCAUCAGGACCCGAACACAUCAAGGUGUGACAAAGCUUGCCUCCCCGGUACGUAUGGAAAGAAUUGUCAACUGAAGUGUUCUCCUGGGUGUGCCAACCAAACCUGCGAUCGAGUCACUGGGAAUUGUGAUGAUUGCCUACAUGGAUGGGACCAUCAGGACCCGAACACAUCGAGGUGUGACAAAGCUUGCCUCCCCGGUACGUAUGGAAAGAAUUGUCAACUGAAGUGUUCUCCUGGGUGUGCCAACCAAACCUGCGAUCGAGUCACUGGGUAUUGUGAUGAUUGCCUACAUGGAUGGGACCAUCAGGACUCGAACACAUCAAGGUGUGACAAAACAUGUGUCCCUGGUACGUAUGGAAAGAACUGUCAACUGAAGUGCUCUCCUGGGUGUGCCAACCAAACCUGCGAUCGAGUCACUGGGAAUUGUGAUGAUUGCCUACAUGGAUGGGACCAUCAGGACCCGAACACAUCAAGGUGUGACAAAGCUUGCCUCCCCGGUACGUAUGGAAAGAAUUGUCAACUGAAGUGUUCUCCUGGGUGUGCCAACCAAACCUGCGAUCGAGUCACUGGGUAUUGUGAUGAUUGCCUACAUGGAUGGGACCAUCAGGACUCGAACACAUCAAGGUGUGACAAAACAUGUGUCCCUGGUACGUAUGGAAAGAACUGUCAACUGAAGUGCUCUCCUGGGUGUGCCAACCAAACCUGCGAUCGAGUCACUGGGAAUUGUGAUGAUUGCCUACAUGGAUGGGACCAUCAGGACCCGAACACAUCAAGGUGUGACAAAGCUUGCCUCCCCGGUACGUAUGGAAAGAAUUGUCAACUGAAGUGUUCUCCUGGGUGUGCCAACCAAACCUGCGAUCGAGUCACUGGGUAUUGUGAUGAUUGCCUACAUGGAUGGGACCAUCAGGACUCGAACACAUCAAGGUGUGACAAAACAUGUGUCCCUGGUACGUAUGGAAAGAAUUGUCAACUGAAGUGCUCUCCUGGGUGUGCCAACCAAACCUGCGAUCGAGUCACUGGGAAUUGUGAUGAUUGCCUACAUGGAUGGGACCAUCAGGACCCGAACACAUCAAGGUGUGACAAAGCUUGCCUCCCCGGUACGUAUGGAAAGAAUUGUCAACUGAAGUGUUCUCCUGGGUGUGCCAACCAAACCUGCGAUCGAGUCACUGGGUAUUGUGAUGAUUGCCUACAUGGAUGGGACCAUCAGGACUCGAACACAUCAAGGUGUGACAAAACAUGUGUCCCUGGUACGUAUGGAAAGAACUGUCAACUGAAGUGCUCUCCUGGGUGUGCCAACCAAACCUGCGAUCGAGUCACUGGGAAUUGUGAUGAUUGCCUACAUGGAUGGGACCAUCAGGACCCGAACACAUCAAGGUGUGACAAAGCUUGCCUCCCCGGUACGUAUGGAAAGAAUUGUCAACUGAAGUGUUCUCCUGGGUGUGCCAACCAAACCUGCGAUCGAGUCACUGGGUAUUGUGAUGAUUGCCUACAUGGAUGGGACCAUCAGGACUCGAACACAUCAAGGUGUGACAAAACAUGUGUCCCUGGUACGUAUGGAAAGAACUGUCAACUGAAGUGCUCUCCUGGGUGUGCCAACCAAACCUGCGAUCGAGUCACUGGGUAUUGUGAUGAUUGCCUACAUGGAUGGGACCAUCAGGACCCGAACACAUCAAGGUGUGACAAAGCUUGCCUCCCCGGUACGUAUGGAAAGAAUUGUCAACUGAAGUGUUCUCCUGGGUGUGCCAACCAAACCUGCGAUCGAGUCACUGGGUAUUGUGAUGAUUGCCUACAUGGAUGGGACCAUCAGGACUCGAAUACAUCAAGGUGUGACAAAGCUUGUCUCCCUGGUACGUAUGGAAAGAACUGUCAACUGAAGUGCUCUCCUGGGUGUGCCAACCAAACCUGCGAUCGAGUCACUGGGUAUUGUGAUGAUUGCCUACAUGGAUGGGACCAUCAGGACUCGAACACAUCAAGGUGUGACAAAGGUCAGUCGUGUUCUUUACUGCUGGUUAAUGUCAAAUAUUUGUGA